GUAAGCCCAUAACCAUUUGGCCUUUUGCUUGCAUCGUCAUUGCAUUGCAGGAGGAAAGAGCGGGCUGAGAGAUGAAGCAAAAUGAGUCCAAUCGUUUCCUGUUUUGUUGGUGUCGUUGUUGUUGGCGGUAGAGAUGCUUCCGUUUUGCAUCCGUGAAGGUGUUGCCUGUGGCUGCUCUCUUGUAGAUACAGUACUGAGCCGAGUAGAGUGGACCUUGGUUAGGGCCUGGCAGGUUUGCAGACGUAGCUGGUGUGCCUGAGGCCACAAAUUAAAUGUGUGACGACGACGAGACAGAGGAGUAAUCGAUGUUUGCAGAUGCAUGUCCGGAGUCUUUAAUGUCACCGAACAUUUUUUUUUUGUUUGAACCGAAGACCGUAGAACAAUCCUUCUAUUUACCGAACAUCCUCAUCUUCAUGCCCAACUAACUGCAUCUCCCUUGCUUGCAUCCACAUCUUGUUCCGCCAACUGCAGCUUUCAGCGUCUGGGAGAAGAAAGAAAAUGGAUCCAUCAGCACCACCGCCACAUGCCUCCAGCUCUCUAGAUUCAGAUUUUGAUAUACAAAAUCUGCAACAUGGAGUGAAGACAGUGUGGUUCAAACCUAGGGAGGUUCUCGAGAUAUUGCAGAACUAUGAGCGGUUCCCAAUCCAAUAGACCCAGAAGCCACCAAGUGGUUCUUGGUUUCUUUUCGACCGUAAGGUACAUCGCUUCUACCGGAGUGACGGGUAUCAGUGGCAGAAAAGGAUGGAUGGGAAGAGCGAUUAUGAAGCCCAUGAGUACCUUGAGGUUGAUAAUGUACGUGCACUGAAUUGCUACUCUGGUCACGUAGAAAAAAAACCUACAUUCCAGAGGCGGAUAUAUUGGACGCUUGAACCGGCUUACCAGCACAUUGUCCUUGUCCACUAUAGAGACGUCCUAAAGACAACACCCACACUCAACCAUAUGCCAUUACAACAUUUGAAAGACAUUACUAACAACUUCUGCAAUGAGAGAAUACUUGGUAGAGGUGGUUAUGGUGUGGUAUAUAAGGGGGUGCUAGGAAACGGGAAAAUGGUCGCAGUGAAGAAGAUUGUGCAGUCAGUGUCAAGCUCACAUGAGCAAUUUGAGAAUGAGGUUAAUCUUCUUAUGAAACUAAAGCACCCAAAUAUAGUGCGACUACUAGGCUACUGCUAUGAAACACAACAUUUACGUAAACUUCAUGAAGGAAAGUUCAUUUUUGUUUGGUACACUGAAUGUUUGCUUUGCUUGGAGUAUUUGCCUAAGGGAAGUCUUGAUAAGUACAUUUCAGAUGCAUCUUCUGGACUUGAUUGGCCCACACGCCUCAAAAUAAUCGAGGGGAUUUCCUAUGGGCUACAGUACCUCCACGAGCAAUCCGAUGGUCCCAUUAUUCACUUGGAUCUAAAACCUGCGAAUGUAUUGCUUGAUGAAGAUAUGAUACCCAAAAUUACAGACUUUGGUCUGUCAAGACUGUUUGAUCAAAAACAAACUAUUCACACCGCAAUUACUAUUGGAACAUUAGGUUAUAUGCCGCUGGAAUACCUACGAGGUAUAAUCACACCUAUGUCAGACAUAUUUGGUUUGGGUGUAAUUAUCAUGGAGGUAAUAACGGGACACAGGGACUACCCAUAUGAUAUUAGAAAAUCUUCCACGGAAUUCAUCGAGUGUGAACUUCAAAAAUGGACAAAUGCACUGCAAAAAGAACCAAGGUAUACAUCACUUGAAAUGGAUUGCCAACGAAUAACAAGAUGCAUUCAGAUAGGUCUAAUCUGCGUGAAUCCUGAGCGUACCAAAAGACCUACAAUGAAGAAAAUUAUUGAUAUGCUUCAAGGGUUGGAAAGUAUGGAUUGGUAUAUUAGCAAUGAGCUAUCAAGCCCCAACAUCCAGGCGGAGGCGCCGUAAUUUAGCAAAGGAGAUCACCACAACGCCCAUUGCUUCUGUCUUUCUGUUGUUAUGCAAAGCUCUGGGUCUCUUCUCAUUGGCCUUCCUUGGAAGUGGUGUUUAUGCUUGAUGACUAGCUACACCAAGCAAGUGAAUGUCACAUCAUAUCUGAAAUUGUGUUGGUUCCUGGAGAAAUAUGCUUCAUGUGGCUGGUGUUGUGCACAUAGCGAUUACAUGAUCUGUGUGUAAACGAGAUAUCCUUUGGCUUGAGGAGUUGAGAUUAACACUGUUGGUUGCAAACGCAACAGUUCUAGAUAGAUACUCCCUCCGUUCCUAAAUAUAAGUCUUUUUAGACAUUUCAAAUGAAAUACAACAUACGGAUAUAUAUAGACAUAUUUUAGAGUGUAGAUUCAUUUAUUUUGCUCCGUAUGUAGUCACUUGGUACAAUCUCUAGAAAGACUUAUAUUUAGGAACGGAGGGAGUAGAUAUCUUGCUUUCCCUGCUGCUGGGAUUGUUCUUUGGUGUUAUGUAAUGAGGCUGGACUCAAUCGAAUAAUUUGAACUUUGGUUUUUCUUUUGCCAGGAGGAUAGACUUUUAUGCGUCUUUUUUUUCCUGGCUGUUCCAGUUCAUUUAACAAAAUUAUGCAAAGCUUUCGCCGCUCUUUAAGAAACGGAAGGCACGAACUAUACACCAUAAAAGAUAGAAGCAAGGGCAGAGAGACACAGUUGAAUACUUCAAUUCAUGAAGUUUUGGGCAAUCAGCAAUGUUUUAAAUAGCCCGCUAUAUAGCCUUUUCACUAGGGUGCCGCUAAAUGGUCCCAUUUACAAAUAACCCGCUAUAGCCUGCUAUAGCUCCGCUAUAGCUGAUUUUGAGGUCCGCCGCUAUUUGGCAAUAGCACGCUAUUUAAAACAUUGGCAAUCAGUGAGUAGCUCCAAUAGUCAAACAGAGCAGACAAUCCAUUAGUGGCACAAGUAAUCGAUACUGUAUGAUGAAUUCAUACAACAACAGAUUGCACAGAAGUUAGGGUAACCAAAGUUGCAUUGCACGUUUGGCCCUCACCUGUUGGGAGUUAUUUACCCAAAACCACCACACUUGGGGCUAGGGUAACAGGUCAGUACCACAUUUGAGCCAUGUCACAAGAAACCACCAACUCUGGGACUAAUUGGUAACGCGGAGCACAGACGGGCCGUUUUAGCCGCGGAAACAGCGAAUCCGACAGGUCGGGCCCACCUGUCGGGUCGACGUGGCGCGGGCUGACGGACGACGUUAGACGGGGGUUGACGGCCGUUUCCGUGCACGUGUAUUAGGCGCCGCGCGGGUCGCUGGUACGACCAGACCGCACCAGAGCACUCAUCCACAUACGACCACUCUGUCUCGACCUCAACGACCGCCACCGCCGCCGCCACCGUCGUCUCGCCGCCGUCCGCCGGUCCGCCAUGGUUUCCUGGAGCGAGGGGUCAAGCUCUUCUUCUUCGGACGACGAGUCAGUGACUAGCCAGCUUCCUAGGACCAUCCCCUGCUAUGAAUGGAGUGGCAUUGCUCAUGAGCUCUCCUCUCGCUGUCUGCAUCGCGAGCCUUGCCUCAGGCUAGUAGCAUUUGACUCUACGGACACUGGCCGACGCUUUCUUGCUUGUGCUGAGGAGAAGGCUGAACUAAAGUGCAACUAUCUGGAGUGGGUAGACCCUGAGUGGUCACUGGCUUUGCAGUUCUGCCUAACUGAAUUGUGGAGCAUGUAUGACAAAGAAAAAACAAGGACAGGCUGAGAGACAAUGUUCAGCUUGCUGAACACAAUUACAAAGUAGUUGGAGAAAAGAGGAAGAUGGAAGAAGAGCUAAGAUUUUUCAAACUUGAUUUUGCAAAAAUGGUGGCUGACAAGGAGGAUGCUAUUACUGAGCUGGGCAAUACUAGGUUGGCUCUCAAUGAUCUGAAAGAGGAGAUGGAGAAGAAGAAGCUGGCAGACCAUGGUUGCACAAACCUACAUCAGUUACUCAGGGCAAAGGCAGAGAAGGAGAGGGACAAGCUUGUGGUAGAGAGAGACCAAGUGCUGACUGAGAGAGACCAACUAAAGGAAGAGAAGAAAAAGCUGGAGUACAUCAUCUCUGAUUUGCUGAAACAGAAGCAUGGCUACAAGGACAAGAUCAAGAAGUUGAAGGAGAUCUGUGAUGAAUUUUAAUUAUGUAAUGUGGUAUUGUACUGGUGUAGUUGUGCUCUGUUGCACUGAAUACUCAGACCUAACUACAAGUUUGUAAUGUGGU